AUGGCAGACAUCGAACGAAUUCGAGGUCUAAUACGUGCCAUCCCGGAUUUCCCAAAACCGGGUAUAAUCUUUCAAGACAUUUUCCCAAUAUUUCAAGACCCAAUUGCCGUCGAAUCUUUGAUAACACAUUUAGUGUAUCAUAUCACCUCAACCAUCAACGAAAAGAUUGAUGUGGUAAUUGGUCUUGAUGCACGUGGAUUUCUGUUGGGACCCGUUAUCGCGUUACGAUUAGGUGCAGCUUUUGCGCCGAUUCGAAAGAAGGGAAAGUUGCCAGGGGAGAUAGUUAGCGUAGAGUACGCCAAAGAAUAUGGUGUGGAUACUUUCGAAAUGGAAAAAGAUGCGAUGAAGCCUGGACAGAAUGUGAUUGUGAUAGAUGACUUGAUUGCCACUGGAGGAAGUGCUGCCGCAGCAGGAAUUCUUGUUAAUUCCUUCGGCGCCAAAGUGUUGAAAUAUUUGUUUGUAAUCGAGUUGAUUGAAUUGAAAGGGGCUGAUGUCUUGAAUGCUCCAUUAUAUUCGGUCUUAAAGUAUUAA